AUGAUCCGAAGACUCGGCGAGAAGACCACUCUAUACCGUGCUGAGAGUCCAUCCCAGAACUCGUUGGUCUCUCACCAUCACUCGGAAGUCUCAUUGCCAUCCGUGGAUUAUUCGCAGGAGGAAGACCGUCACUCAUGCAACACUUUAAUUGCCGAUGAAUGGUCACAAAGUAAUGACGUCAUCCAGCCACUCCAGAAACCCACGGACACCCCGACACCACAUGAACGAAUUAUUACACGGAGAGAAAUUGCAAACACGGAAUCGGAUUUGUGUAAAAAGCUUUCAUUGAUAGUGGAUUUGGUGUUGGACUUUGCGAACGAUGCGAAUCGUCUCUAUGAGGGUGCGGAUGAAUUGUUGAAAGAGUUGAGGACAAAGAUUCGGGUUUACAUUUAUUUUUUGGAUGUCGAGAUGGCCGAUGUGGAGAAAUUAUUGAGAUUCAAUGUGGAUAGAUCGACGAUUUGUGAUGAGAGGAUUGAUUGGUUGUUGCAUUUCACAAAGUGUCAUAAAGAAAUGCGUCGCGUGCUCAACGAGCUCUCCGAAGAAGUAUGCGAAGACCUGGAGUCUUGUCUCGAGAUGCGUGCAAAGGGAGUGAUUGGAAAGAAGCCAAGUACCGUAACCCUCUCGACACUUGCUGGAAUGAGAGAUGGAAUGGUGAAAGCAGCGAGACUUGUCGGGUGUAUGCCACGUCAAAGGGCUUGA